CAGCUCUGGUUAUUGAGCAGUGCUAAAUGGCGUAUACAAAAUUAAAGCAACGAUUGGGAAACAUUAUAUAUUUUUAAAGAAAAAUGGAAGUUUGCGGCAGCGUGCUGGUGAAUACGAAUUACCAGCAGUUCCGGCUGAAGUGCAUUUACUGCCCGACAGAGAGCGAACUUCAUGAUUGGAAGCUGUUCAUAAACCAUGUGCGGACAUCACAUUAUUCCGAGGAGGACGAAGCCUCUGCCAAUGCCCCAAUCAAAGAAACCACAGAUUCAUUAGAUCCUGAAAUCGAAUACGAUGGAAAUGAUUUUUAUGAUAUCAUUGAAACGGUUGAGGAAGAGGACCAAUGGCUAAAAUCUGAAAACAUGGAAGAGGAUGACGGUGAAUACCUUCCUGAAUCCAAUGAAGUGUCAGCUACAUCAGAAGGUGAUGCAGUCAGCUCCCACAAUGACUUGGCUGAUGUAAAGCCAGAAGGUUCUACGAGGUAUGAUAGUGGUAGCGAAUAUGAUUCCUAUGAGGAAGGAGCACCGCAACGACGGCGUCCAGGACGCCCACCAAUACGUACCAGACCGGAUCAAGUUUUCAAAUUCAAAGUGUCGUUUAUACGAAGCAAUCCCCGUGUGCUGCAUUUGAUCCAGGUGUAUAGGGAACACCCUUGUCUAUGGAAUCCAUCAGAUGAUUUUUAUGAAGAUGAGAACGUGCGGAAACAGGCGUACCAAUCGAUAAUAAGUCGUAUGGAACUAAAAACUGACGUCCUUUUGACUGUGGCCGAGCUAAAACGCACUCUUGUGCAGCUGCACACGCAAUAUGCCCUUGCAGGAGAAAUGAAAGCAAAGGGUAAGCUGGUCGGACUCGCAUCACGUUACUAUGCCAAAUGCGAAUUCCUCAGCGUGUCGCCUCCCGUAAAAGUAAGGCGAAUUGAAGAGGACAGUAACAUUAUUACAAUUAAGCUCGAUUUUAAGGAGGAUAAUUUAGUGACUAGCUCUUUUAUUGAGACGUAUGCCAACUACCCGAUGCUAUACAAUCCUUCACAUCCCGAUUUCUCUUCGAUAGAUAUACGAGCCGACGCCUAUGUUAAGUUUGCGGAGGAGUUCCAGCCUGUCGUGAAGGCGAAUGAAACGGACGUCUACAUAGCCGUGAAUAAGCUAAGGCGUUGGGCUUAUGAGGCUAUGAGACGUCUCAAAGCCAAAGAGCUCAUUGAGUCUUGCAAUAAGCAAGAGGUGCAGUACUUGCGUAUGUGUAGUUUCUUACCCGCUAAAGGAUCGGAAAGUGCUGUAUUAUAUUGCGAUACCUGCAACAGGCGAUUUCAUGGCGAUUACAACCUGCGCGUGCAUAUGUUUAAAGCGCACAUGUUGGGCGAUCUACCUUAUCUGUGUUCUAUGUGCCCAAGGCGCUUUGACAGGCAAGUGGACAUGGAACGACACAAACAACGCUCCCAUUUCGAUAAAGGGUUGAAGUGCGAAUAUUGCGAAAAAACCUUUGCUGUUGCCCAUGAUUUAAAAGUGCACACCCUUAUCCAUACCGGCGAGAGGCCGCAUGUGUGCGAAGUUUGUGGAAAAUCGUUCCGUCUGAAACUGCUUUUGGAUCAUCACAUAAACGGCGUUCACCUAAACAUUCGGCCCCAUGCCUGCCACUUGUGUGAUAAAAGUUUCCGCAAAAAGUUCGAGUUGUCCAACCACAUUAAAGGACAUUAUAAUAUUCGUGAUAAAAAAUGCGAGAUAUGUGGAGCUUCUUUUUACGACCAUUCUUCCCUGUCCAGACAUCGUCGAGGGCAUAGAGAAAAACAAUAAAUUUUUAAUUGAUAAUACAACGAUUUUUGACGAUGCAAGAGAAAAAAUUAUGUUUUCAUUUAAGACUCUACCAGUCAGCUACAAGAAUUUGU